CCUUCCUCUACAUUUCUCUUCACAAUUUCCAACAAUUUUGGCGGUGGCCUACAGAGGGGCAAGCAACAACCAUGGCCCCCGGCCGUCGUUCGGAUAGAAGCUUGUUACAAGACCUACUCUUAUAUGCAGCCAGCAUCGCUUUCAGUUGCCUGGUCCUCGCCGGCCUCAAACAACUAAACCCAAAUCGUGAUGCCUCUAAGAAAUCGAUUGCGAACAAAAAUGCCAUCUCCAAACGCCUUGGUCGCCCCCUCAUCCACACUGACCCUUACGAGGAUGUGAUAGUGGGUGAUGUGGUGAACCCAGAUCACAUAGACGUAGAAUUCGACUCUGUUGGUGGGCUUGACAGAAUAAAAAAAGCACUGUAUGAGUUGGUUAUUCUUCCUCUUAAGAGGCCUGAGCUUUUUGCUUAUGGCAAACUUUUGGGUCCCCAAAAAGGGGUGCUUUUGUACGGACCACCAGGGACCGGGAAAACCAUGCUUGCCAAAGCCAUUGCAAAAGAAUCUGGGGCUGUUUUUAUCAAUGUCAGAGUUUCUAAUUUGAUGAGUAAAUGGUUCGGUGACGCCCAAAAACUAGUGGCUGCUGUCUUUAGUUUGGCUUAUAAGCUGCAACCGGCUAUUAUAUUUAUUGACGAAGUGGAUAGUUUUCUGGGGCAACGACGAGCCACGGACCAUGAGGCAAUGGCUAUUAUGAAAACUGAGUUCAUGGCCUUGUGGGAUGGUUUUACCACCGAUCAGAAUGCUCGAGUUCUGGUACUUGGUGCAACUAAUCGUCCGGCAGAGCUUGAUGAGGCAAUUCUUAGGCGUUUCUCCCAGGUUUUUGAAAUUGGAAAGCCUGACUGUGAUGAUCGAGAAAAGAUAUUGAAGGUGAUAUUGAAGAAUGAGAGAGUGGAGGACACUAUUGAUUUGUACCACAUAGCUAGAUUAUGUGAAGGUUAUACCGGUUCUGAUUUAUUUGAGCUCUGCAAACAAGCAGCAUAUAAUCCUCUCAGGGAUCUCUUAAAUGAAGAGAAGGCUAAAAAGACACGUCAAUUACAGGCACCAAGACCAUUGUCGCAGUUGGACUUUGAGAAAGCUUUAGCUGCUUCCAUGAAAACAAGCAUCGGUGUUGAUGAGCAUAAUGGGUAUAGCUCUUGUUCAUCAACAUAAGUUGAAUGCAGUCAAUUGGUUACUGGAUUGAGUUGUGAUGGAGCACAUGCAAAUUUUGAUAUUCUUGAAUACUAACUUUGAGUAAGAGCCUAAGCGGCUCCUCGAUGUUUAAGUUAUAGUGUUAUUCAAAUAGAAAAUUCAGAAAUGUACUAGGCUUAUAAACUUUAUACUUGACUUGGAUUCAUUGUUCUGAAAUAUUUGUGGGUGUGGAGGAGUGUUCCACUGUAGCCAUAUUUGGAAUUUAACAGAAGAAUACAUUUUAUAUAAAAGCAUGAGAUCUUAAAUGGAA